CUUUUUAACUUUACAACAAAUGGACGCAAUGGACUGUACGGUAGAAUUCUGAAGUUCCGUGUCCCGAGAACCGCUCGCUACUUGAUAAAAGCGUGGGGGGCUAGUGGAGGAACACAUAACACUAAUUAUGGAGAGUAUCCUGGAACUUUCUACGGCGGCAGGGGGGCAUUCAAGGAGGGGAUAUUCAGACUGAAUAAAGGAAAUAUGUUGAACGUUGUAGUAGGACAAAGAGGAGGAAAUUCAGUAGAGGUUGAAGGAGGACAAUCUACCAACAGAACAGCAGCUGAACUAGGGCUAUCUGUAGAGGAUAAUGCUGGGACAGGGGGUGGGGGAGGAAGUUUUGUUUAUACAUGGGCUAAUGCACUGUUGUUAGCUGCCGGAGGGGGAGGGGGUGCGUCUGCGGGAUAUGAAGGGGUAGAUGGUCAGGAGGGUUCUAAUGGUACCAGUAGUGUAGGAAAAAGUUCUUCCCAGGUUCGAAGAGGAGGAGUUGGAGGUAACCCCGGUGAGUGUAAUUCUUAUGGUGCAGACUAUCGUGGGGGAGUGGGUGCAGGGUGGUUAAGUCAGGGAUGUGCCAGAGCUGGCACAUCUCAUGGUGAAAGAGGUGGGUCGCGAGCCCAGGGCUGGGUGGGGGGACUAGCCGGUGGAAUGAAUAGUGGCUAUAAUGGAGGGCCACCCCCUGGGGCAGUAGGAGGGUUUGGUGGAGGGGGAGGUGGGUCUGAGGAUAAUGGAGCUUCUGGGGGAGGAGGGGGAUACUCUGGGGGAGGAAGUGGUACGUAUGCAAACCAAGCUGGAGGGGGUGGGGGCUCGUAUUGUAGUGGUUUGAAUUGUUCUGGCACAACUGGAGGGAAUUCGAAAGAUGAUGGAUUUGUUCAAAUCAUCGCGUUACCUAACUAA